CAGCAGCUCUCUGGGCACUUACUGUCCCCACUGCAGUCUCGCUGUCCCCAAGCUGCUCCCUCCUCAUGGCAACAAUGGCACUGGCCCUCAUCCUGGGUGAGUGACAAUGGGGAUGUUGUGCCACGGGGGUUGGUGGCCCUGAGUGGGACCAGGACCGUGUCCCUUGCAGGUUGGUGUCUGGUGGCAGCCAGCAGGGCACAGCAUCUGCCCCGACCCUCCCUGUGCCUGCACCAUAGCCAGGGGGUGUCCCUGGGAGACAAUGUCACCCUACAGUGCCACCUGCCCCGGCCGGCUGCCUGGGUCUGUGUGUACCAGGAUGGAGGUUGGACACUCAACAAGUACAUGGACAAGGUGCAGGACGUGGUCGAGUUCUCCAUUGUUAGCACAAAGCGGGAACAUGGGGGGAGAUAUCAGUGCCAGUACCGGGUGCCUGAGUCAGAGGAGAUAUCAGAGAAGAGUGAUCCCGUGGAGCUGGUGCUGACAGGUGAGGGCACUGGGGACAGCAGAUGGCUCUGGGGGCUCCCAACAGAACCGUGUCCCAAUGCUGUCCCCUCCCCUCAUGCAGAUCACAGCUUUCCACCACCCAGAAUCUCCCUUCGCCCUGAGGAACAUGUGGGGACAGGAACCAAUGUCACCAUCCACUGCUGGAACAAGGACUAUGGGGACACCUUCCUCCUGCACAAGGAUGGGCGCUCAGCCCCUAUCCAGCGCCAGGACGCGGAUGGUGGGGGCACAGCAACCUUCACCCUCCUUGGGGUGACCCCCUCUGACGCUGGUACCUACAGGUGCUCCUACCAUCCCAAGAACCACCCCUUUGUUUCCUCACCCCUUGGGAGCAGCGUGACACUGGAGGUGACAUCCACAGCCGCAACCCCAGGUAGGUCUGAGCCCCCUGUUUGUGUGGAUCCCCU